AGAAGUCCAGCUGGAGUAUCGCCACGCUUGCUUUUAAAAUCCAUCACAGUUGAUCUGAGACUCAGGAAGAAGAUGCCGGUGUGUACCAUCGUGGAGAAAUGUAACGGCUUGGUGGCGGGAGCUGAGCUGGCAUGCAGCGUCCGGGAAGAGAAUAAGGCGCAGAGGGAGAGCUACUGGGCUGACUGGAAGAGCAUCAGCCUCAAGACUCAACCUGAAGAACGGAAGACGAUGAACAUGAACGACGACUCUCGCAAGGAGACCCUCAGCCGGCAGUGGAAGUCCUCCCCCUUAACCCAGUUUUGCCCGUCCGGCGUCCUCCGCGUGGGCACCGUGGAGCGCGGCGUGAGGGAGCACCAGCUGCUGCCCAAGCGACACACCCUGCCAUUGCCCAUCUUCACACCCGCCGAGCUCGGCGUCCGGCUGGGCCGCGGCGCCCCGCAUACCCCCGAGGACUUGCGGUCCUUCCCCUUGGCAGACGGCGCCUGCCCGACCAAGAGGAGCGUGACCGAGAUCACGCGGGACCUGCCGCCCGUCAAGCCCACACUCAUGGAGUUCUCCAAGGCGCCCAAAGCCUUUGGGCGCUCCAUGUCCCAGGAGGCCCAGAGAGGGUGAAGCAAAUAUGGACGACGGGGUGGAUGAUGAACGUGCAUGCACUUGCGGCAUCCUAAACUGACUGUUUGUUUCUGAUUUGUAGCACUGGCUAUUGAGGCCAGUACAGCAAACAAAGACUUGAUAGUGCUUUAACUGGGAUAGAGGGAUGUAAUCAUAAGUAUGGACUGCACUUUACUAACCGGAAGGAAGCGUCAAAUCAAACACUAAUUUUACACUGAAAACAUUUCAAGGCACAUCUCACACACAGACACAUCCAAAAAAAUUUCAGUCCAAUUAGACACAGCUUAAUUCUGACUGGGACGGAAAAGCUUUGGAAGGGAAAAAUCAAGUGUGAGAAGGACGCAAGAGCAAGUGGUUCUGGAAACACUUGUGCAUGACAUAGUGUACAUAGGAACGUUAUUUGUGUGUCUUCUGUGUUUGUCCUUUCACUCGGUGGAUGCUCUUUAUAGAUGAGCUGAGAGUAAAAAUGUACAUGUUUGAAUUUGUGUUUUUCAUAAUAAAAUCUGAGCUGCUAUUCAC